AUGGAUUCUCUAGAUAGUUAAUCAAAAAAACAAUAAUAAGAGGAGUUAGAAAAAACACCAUUUAAUGUAUGCAUUGAAAUAGGAUCAUCUAGAGUGAAAGUAGGAGUUUAGAACAUAAAAACAUAACAAUUUGACUUCUUUUCUGAAGACACAAAAUUCUUCUUUUAUCCUUUAGAUAGCCUAUUUGAUAAGCUCAGUGAAUUUUUACACUAAAAAGGAGUUUAUUUAAUAUAAAAAAUUGGAAUAAGCACUACAGGAGAGGUUGACUCGGAAAAAGGAACUAUCAAAUAAUGUGGUACACUUAAAAUCAGAUCUAAAUAAAAGCAUUUUUAAGAUUUUGAGCUUGUUGGAUUGAUUAAUACUAAAUUGUAACAGAAAAUUUUAGAAAAAGAUUUAACUUAUUUAAUUAAUGAUGGUCAUUCUGCUGGUUUAGGAAUUUAUUAUUAUGCAAAAGAAAAACAUGAUUUUCCUUUUGUAUCUCUGAGUCUUGGAACUUAUCCUGCAGUCUCAGUAAUUACUGAUAGCUUUAUAGCUACAGUUGAGGCAAGAAAAAAUUUUAUAAAAGGAAAACAUAUAUCAGCAUACUGUGCAAAAUCUCUAGUAGAAAAAGACAAAAAAACUGACCAAGAGUAUACAUAAAAUAUUCUUGAUAUUAUACCUCUACUUAAUAAAAUUUCAUUUAAUAUGACUGGAGAAAAUAUGACCCAUUUAUUUAUAUUGGGUGGUAUGAGCAAUCAUAUAACAGAUGACCUUUUCUUCAAAGAUGAAGCUAUUAAAAAUACCACAACUAUAAUAAAAGACGAUUAAAUUAUAUACAAUUAAAUCAUAUUUCCUGCUUUGCUAAAAUACCACCCAAAGCUAAGUGCUGAUGUUUAGAUAAUCUCCAAAGAAGAUUUUUCUGUUGUAAUUGAUUGA